CGACAGAACAGCCGUGAGUUCAGUUAUAUUUAGGGUUUUAAACGCAGUGUGGACACAAAAUUCAAGCUCUCGUGGACAUGUCUGCUGCCAGCUGUCUGCUGUCUGAAGACCAGUUUCUGUGCUCCAUCUGCCUGGAUGUGUUCAUGAAUCCGGUCAGCACUCCGUGUGGACACAACUUCUGUAAGACGUGCAUCACUCAGCACUGGGACAUUAGUCCUCUGUGUCGGUGUCCCAUCUGUAAAAGGCAGUACAAAACAAGACCCGAGCUGCAUGUCAACACUUUCAUCUCUGAGAUGGCUGCUCAGUUCAAGCUGUCAGCUCAGCAGGAAGCCAGCAGGAGCAGCAGCUCAUCACAGCAACAAUCUGCCAAACCAGGAGAGGUUCCCUGUGAUGUCUGCAGUGGGACCAAACUGAAGGCUCUGAAGUCCUGCCUGGUGUGUCUGGCCUCCUACUGUGAGACUCACCUGGAGCCUCAUCAGACUGUUUCAGGCCUGAAGAGACAUCAGCUAAUCGACCCCGUUAUGAACCUGGAAAGAAGGAUAUGUUUGAUGCACAAUAAACCGCUGGAGAUGUUCUGUAAGACCAACCAGUCGUGUGUUUGUGUUAUCUGCUCUCUUUCAAACCACAAGACUCAUGAUGUUGUUCCUCUGAAAGAAGAAUAUGAAGUGAAGAUGGCUGAGCUUGUGAAAAAAGAGGCUGAACUUCAAGCGAUGAUCGUGAAGAGACUCAACAAGAUUCAGGAGAUUAAAGACGCUGUACAGCUCAGUAAGGACGAAGCAGACAGAGAGCUGGAAGGAGGGGUGCAGUUCUUUGGUGAUUUGAUGGAGGCUGUAGAGAGAGGUCUGAAGGAGUUCAUGGAGGAGAUCACAGAGAAGCAAAGAAGAGCAGAGAAACAGGCUGAAGACCUCAUCAAGGAGCUUAAACAGGAAAUCUUUGAGCUGACAAAGAGAAGCUCUGAGGUGGAGAAGCUCUCACGCUCUGAAGACCACCUCCACGUUAUCCAGAACUUCUCUUCUGUGAAAGAUGAUCCGCCCACCAAGGACUGGACAAACACCAGAGUCCGUCCACCUCCAUAUGAAGGGAUGGUGGUGAGAGCCGUGAGUCAGGUGGAGAAGAUGCUGAAUGACCAGAUGAAGAUUCUGUUUGAGGGCGAGCUGAAGAGAGUCCAGGGGUACAGAUGUUAUGUGACUCUUGAUCCUGAUAUGGUUCAUCCCAGACCUCUGCAGCAUAAUAGGAAUGAUUGUAGAUGUGUCUUAUCAAAGCAGAGUUUCUCUUCUGGAAGAUUUUACUUUGAGCUUGAUGUUGACAAGUGGUCUACGUGGACUUUGGGAGUGACCAGAGAGCACAAUGUGAAAGGAGAAAUCAAGCUGAGCCCCAACAAUGGUUACUGGACUUUAUGUCUGUGCUCUACUGGGUAUGUUGUUUCCACCGAGCCAAGGGUGAGCCUGUCCCUGAGGUCGAAGCCUGAGAAGGUGGGCGUGUAUGUGCAUUAUGACAAGGGUCUGAUCUGCUUUUACGACGUCAGCACUGCAGCUCUUAUCUGCUCCUCUGACUGCUCCUUCACUGAGAAGCUCUACCCGUUCUUCAGUCCCUGUGCGAAUGACGGCCUUUCCAUCCACUCCUCUAGCUGUGUGAUACAAUGAGCUGAACCACUGCAGUGCAGUUUGUGGGGGUUAAAAUGUGUGGCAGCACAAAGUACACACAUUUUCAUAUUUAGCAUCUAAUUGUUGUCACCUAAGAUUUUGCAUCAUCAUCUGAUUUAGUAUAAGCACUUCAUUUAAUGCUGUUAAAACACAGAGAAGGGAAAAAUGUAGAAAUAUGGAUUUUUAUAAAUUACCAGCUGUAUAUGGUUAUGUUGUUUUGAGUUUUCAUGGACUUCAGUGUCUGGUUUAUUAAUAUUAUUUCUUAGUUUUUGUUUCAGUUCAGUCUGCUGCGUGGGCUUUAUUUUGUUACUUUUGUUGCCUCCACCUCAGAUCAUUCUGCCAAGUUUGUGUGUUAUACUCUUGUUUCUGUGUUUAGUCCGUUACUUCCUGUUUUAUUUUGGUAGUCUGUCCCUCGUGCCUCGCCUUUAGUUUUACUUCAGCUGUCUCUUGUUACCAGGUGUUUUCACUUUAUUACUGUGUGUGUGUGUGUGUGUGUUCCAGCUCAGAUAGUUCAGAGUGGUCUCUGCUGGUUUUGGACUUUACUUUGUGGACUGUUACUGGCCAUAAUAAAGGCUGCAGCCUGCAUCUGGGUCCCAUCUUCCUGCAUUUCAUGAUGGGUUUUUGUUUUUAUAUGUUUAGAAAUAUGAGAUGUUUUCAUUGCUUCAUCCCUCUCAGCUGUGUCCUCUUUAAGCUCCAGCAGGGUUCCUCACAUGUGCAGGCUCGGUGUUUUUGGAUUAAGUCUCGUCUUGAACUAAAAACUUUCACUGGAGAUGUUCAUCGACUUUUCCUUCUUUCAGUCUGUUGCUGGGUUUAGCAGGCUGGCU